AUGAUUACUUUGGCAAAAAAAUCUAUAGAUUAAGAUUAUGAAAUAUUAAUAAAGAAGAGCAUCUAUAAGAAAAAGCAAAAAAAUUAAUAUAAUACAAAGGAUGACAAGUUUUAGGAUUACUUUUUUGAAUAAAAUAAAUUGAAAGUAUGUAAAUUAGUGGACUUUAUCCAAAUAAGUAUACCAAAAUUGAAAUCAAAUGUAUAAAUACCAAGAAAUAGUGAUAACCAAUAUUAACUUGGGUAACUCAAUAAUGACUUUUAUUGUUACAAUUAUAAAAUCAAUAGAAUUGAUAGGCAAGGUAGUAUUACAACAGUUACAUUCGACCCCAUUUAGAGGUGUUUUACUCCUGUUGAAAAUGUUAUUGAAAUCUUUGGCAGUAGAAGUGAAGUAUUAAAAUAAUCAUUCGAGAAAUUGCAUAGCAAAAAAUUAGAUUCAACCCAAUACAAAGUAAUGAAGGAAUUAGAUUUGCUUAAUUUUGAAAAUGCAAUUAAUAAACCAUGUACUGGUUAUAUAUCAAAAGUAUUUGAAGGCUAAGUAAUAACUCAAUAACGAUUCAUGAAUGAUCUUUAUUUAAAUGCCAUAGGCAUUAACUCUGAAAUGGCAGUACGCCAUGCCAUGGAAACAGGUUUUUUGCCUAUUCCUUUAUACUUUUCAGAAGAUAAUAGUAGUGGGUAACAUUUAAGCAAUUUCUUUAUUUUAAACACUUUCAAUCAGUCAGUUAACAAUAUGCAAGUUUGCAAUUAUAAUGGUUAACAAUUUCCUGUUAAGAUUACGUUUCACAACUAUUAUUGUUACAAGGAAACUGAAAAGUGUUAUUAUGAAUAUUUAUUUUUUAUAUGGGAUAUCGACAAAAAGUGGUUAUCAAAGCAAAGGGUACACGAAAAUUACUUAGACUAUUUUAAUUUAAAAAGUAGUCCAGAAUCUUAAAACCAAAUAUACUAUAAUUCCGAUUAAAGGUGCGGAUACAGAAAUAUUUGA